CGCGCUGCGGCCGCUCGGUGCCGGCCCCGGCGCUGGCGCCGCCCGCCGCCGCCCGCCCGCUUCUCCCUAUUUUAGUCACGGCGGCGGCCGCGGUGGCGGGAGUGGCGAGGGGGGAGCGGCGCUGGGAGCCCGUCCGGGGAACUUUUUCCGACGGCGGGGAACGGGGCAGGAGUCUCCAAGAUGAAUACUACAGCAACGAGCCCACUCACUGUUACUCCGCUAGGUUUUAUUCCAGACUUAAAAAAUGCCACGCUUGUGCCUUUCAAUGAGACUGCAUGUGAAAACUGGAAGGAGAUUCAUCAUCUUGUUUUCCAUGUGGCAAACAUUUGCUUUGCAGCUGGACUGGUUAUUCCAACUACUCUGAAUCUUCAUAUGAUUUUUCUGCGAGGCUUGCUCACCAUAGGAUGUGCAUUGUUCAUCAUUUGGGCUACACUCUACCGCUGUGCCUUGGACAUAAUGAUUUGGAAUUCUGUGUUUUUGGUUGUCAACCUUUUACAUUUCAUAUACCUAGUGUAUAAAAGACGACCGAUCAAGAUAGAGAAGGAGCUUAGUAGCCUCUACAGGAGAAUGUUUGAACCUCUCCAUGUGCCUCCAGAGCUCUUCCAAAGACUAACUGGACAAUUCUGCAACAUCCAGACUUUAAAGUCAGGCCAAGCCUAUGCUGCAGAAGAUAAAACUUCAGUUGAUGAUAGGCUAAGCAUCCUGCUGAAGGGGAAAAUGAAGGUGUCUUAUCGAGGACAUUUUCUGCACAAUAUUUACCCCUGUGCCUUUAUAGAUUCUCCUGAAUUUCGAUCAACGCAGAUGAACCGGGGUGAGAAAUUCCAGGUCACCAUUAUCGCAGAUGAUAACUGCAAGUUCCUGUGCUGGUCCAGAGAAAGGCUGACUUAUUUUCUGGAAUCUGAGCCAUUUCUUUAUGAGAUCUUUAAGUAUCUUAUUGGCAAAGAUAUUACAAAUAAACUCUAUUCAUUGAAUGACCCGACUUUAAACGACAAGGCUUCAAAAAAGAUUGAUCGACAGCCUAGUCUUUGCUCACAGCUCUCUGUGAUGCAGAUGAGAAACAGUAUGGCCAGUACCAGUGACAGUGAGGAUGGCUUGCAGAUGUUUCUUCGCGGAACUUCCUCUGCAUCCUCUCUUCGCCCGGGCCGGACAUCUCCCUACCUGAGAACUUCAGCAAAAAUGAAGCCAAUAGAAGAAAGUGUCGAAGAUGAUGUCUUUGAAGCACCAUCUGCAGAUAAGCUUGAACUCCAGCGGCUGCCUUAAACAGAUGUGUCCUCAGGCACAUCACAGGUUGUGCAAGUCUCCAGUGCAAGAGGAAGAAGCUGAAUUUGGGAGGAAUCUGAAAGCUAAAACCACCUCUCUGCGUUUGAAUUUACCAUAGCAUCUGUCAGUGGCUUCUAGAUCGAAAUGUCACAUUUUAUUUUACUUCUAAAUAAAAAAUAAAACUUC